AUGCCGCCACACAUUACACAAUUUUUCCAAAAACAAUUCGAGGAUCAUUUCAAGGCCUUCCUCAAGCAUGAGAUGCGAAUGCCUCUUGAGGAUAACAACAAUGAUGUGACCAUCUUCUGCCGGGAUGCUGUGCUGUCACUUAUUGAGAGGAUUGUUGAUGCUAUAUCGAGCAUCUAUGAGCAGCUCCCAAACCGCACUGCGGUCAAGGCAUAUCCCGAUAUGUUCCUAGCCAUCCAUAUGGUGCUCAGCCGUGAUCUUGCUACACAUCUUACCAGCAGGAUCGCCAAUACACUCUCUGAGUGCAAUCUGAUAAAUAUCAAACGCUACAACUAUGAAGAGAUUGAGGUCUCAUUCAGCGUGGAUAUGAUAGAGGAAAUUGUAAAGAACAGGACAUCCUUGAAGACAUCCAUGGACCUAUAUGUUGCGCUGGAUGCGUGCAUAUCUUACAUGUUGGAAGAGAUAUUCAGCCAAUUGAAGCAGAAUGGAAAACAACCCAUCACUCUAUCUAAUGUCAAGGAGACUAUCAUGAGGGAUGAAUCACUCAGGGCCGCAUUCUUUGAGGAUGUCCUAGGAAAGCCAAAGGACUUCAAGAUCAAAUCCAAGGCAUAUGCCAAUAAAUCCGCACAGGGCAUUACAAAGGCCACGUAUGAGGUAAUGCUCCAGAGAUAUCUAAAUCAAGGCAUCAAGGUAUCCAAGGAGGCAUAUGCUAGCAUCACAGGGCAUCUUAUGACAUAUAUGGAUAUGCUGAUGCGCGCUGUGCUGGACAUCAGGAGGAACAGCAUCACAUUGAAGGAUUGCCUAGAAUCUUUGCACAGGCACAAUCUUGCUCUAGCAAUGGCCUUCAACUACAUAACCGAAUACCACAACAACAAGACAGCAAAAGAGAUAUUGGAUGGAUUUGAACCCAAGACCCCAUGUGAGAUUGUUGUAGGAUGCAUCAAUGAGAUCGUGUUGCAAUACGCACCAAAGAAAAAACUGGAUGAUGAUUCAAUGAGGUUGAUGCAUGCCGUGUUUGAGGCAUAUAUUGCUAAUAUCCUUGUUGAAUCCAGCAUGUUAGUGACAUUGCAAAAGAAGAAGACAAUCAAGAUUGAACACACAAACUAUGUUGCAACAAUGUUAUGA